UUGUCAUGCGCCACUUGGAAACUGGGUUCCAACUGGCAUCCAUUUUAUGCAUGACAAAUUAUUUGAACUUUGUCGAUUUCAACUCUGACACAUCCAUAAGUUGUGAAAAAAUUGAUUUUAGUUAUUUUGCGCUACAGCCCUCACGUUUUUGUUUCCUUUCAGUUUCAUAAACGGCGUAUAAUUUAUUUUCAUCGUCCGCGACGCUCUCAGACGUUGGCUCCUGGUCCUCCUGCUGUCGUCAUCUUCAGGCGAUUUAUUUUACUCGUACACACAGCAGAGGUUCAGGAGAAACUACAACUUCUAGUACCUCUUCACCUGCUCGGUUUUCGUCCUGCUUUAUUCCGUGCAAAAGAAUAUUCAAGACUCGUCGUACUCCCCUCAUCUCUGCGAACUUGUCGUUUUAUUUCGUUUUUCUGCGAAAGCUCUCAUGAUAGACAUAGUCAACAGCAAAAUGAUGCUCUUCUUCAUCACAACUCAGACUCAGGAUAAUAAAUUCGUUGAGCUCGUCCACCUCUACUACCUUGUAGACCUGUUGUGCCCCGCACUCUCCUCCACCUCUCUCAACAGACAUCGGAACUCGAGAAGUAGUUUUUCGAACCAUCAUCUCUCGCAGAAAAGUAGAAAGAAAGCUCUUGCACGUGUAGCAAGACAAAUAGUUCUGUGUUCCGUUUUCUGCAUCACAAGUUCAACGCAGUUGUUUCUUGCGGUAGAGUUAGGCAAAAAAAUACAAAAUGCCGACCACCCCGAACGAGUCCGUUGACCCCCGGGGUUAUCCACUGCACAUAUGUCUGGGUCUGGAAAUAGGUUGAACCUGUAUAAUAAUUGCGUGUCUCGCAUUUAUUUUCCUGCAAAAUCUGCAUUUUUGCAAAAAAAGCAGCACCAAAGGCGCCACGCUACUUCCGUCAUGCUCUUGCAAAGUCGCAGUUUGCAACAAUGCGUGCUGUUGUGUAUGAGAAAGCGACUGAAAAUGAAUUUGUCAUGCUUUCCUGCAGUUAAACUUAAAGGCACAUGCAAGGAUGACCAUGCAGCAUUUUUACAAGUUUCCAGACCCAGCCAUGUUUGCAAUGCACAGGGGUUGCCUCGCGAAGUUUCUCGUCCCGACUUGCGCCGUCUUUGCUUGGCAAGGGUGCGACGAAGGUGGCCCGGUCUGCAUGGCUAUCCUUUGUGGUUGCUUCUAUACCCUGCUUUGCUGGAAGCCUGCGCCGGAGCAAAAAAUUUGGGAGGCCGACGCUACCAAGGCGAAAAAAGUCUUGUUAUCCAUAGAGUGAAAUAAAACGUGUCGCCCGCCACGUCGACCCCAGAGUCAGUUCUUGUCACGCACAUCUGCAUUAUGCUUAACCUAUUGGCCCGGGGUGUUCGGGCGAUGGUGGUCCUCGUCGUGUCCACCACACGAUAAUGCUGUUGUUGCGGAGCCUCAUGGCGAAAGAGUUAUUUUCUAUUCGCUGUUUUUGGAAUUUCAAUUUGCGAUGCUCGAAUCAGCAUGAGAUGCUAGAUCUGUGAUGCGGAUUCUUUGCUAGCCAUUAAGAAACACGACUGUGCAGCUGCGAGCCCAAAGAAUGAACUUGCCGCGCGCGGCGGCAACGAGGUACAUGUUGACAACAACAACCCUGGGGCCGCGGCGUGGGCCGCUUUGUUUUAUUUGGCCUCAGGAUAUUGGUGCUGCGGAUGCCACCCGCUGGAUAAGUGCUGCAGGUUCUGGUUUCCGUUCACGGCUAUCGCCUCCUGGCAAGGGUGUGACGUAUUUCUCGACUUCAUUCUCGCAUUCGUCGUACCGUGCUACGCAUGCUGCUGCUGGCAGCCGCGCCCCACGCAGAAGAUUUGGGGGGCGGGGGCUGGAGCCCCGGUCGUCGGACAACCGCAGGUAUACAUAUUUAAAACGUACGCACGCAAGUGUAAUGCCAGUAAUAAGCUUUUGCUUUACAAGAACUUGUACUUGAACUACACAAAGUCAAAGCAAGUGUCUACUUGCUCGCGUCGUCGACGUCGUGAAGAAUGAAGUAAGAAGAAGAACGUACGAAAGAUGAAGCAUGAGUUCCGAUUUGGCUAUAGAAAAAAAUGCACAUAAUCUUGUUGUUGAUGUUGUUUCAGGCGGCCGAAACUACUCCGCUGACUGCGGAGGAGUUUACUUGUUCUAACCCGGAGUAA